AUGGACCAGACUUCCAGUGGAUUUGAUUCAGUUGUUGAAGAACUCCAGUGGCUAGAGAUUCAAACUGGGUUUCCUGAAGUUCUGCAGCAGGAAUUGAGAUUCCUGAAGAUGUUUAUGGUCUGCCUGACCAAGUUUGAGGAAGCUGGCAAAGACAACCAUUUGGCCAAUGCGGUUGCUAGUCUUGAAGCUGGUCUUUCUAUUCUAAUGAGGGAGAACGAGGGGGAAGAUUCGGAAUCCGGGUCUCGUAUUUUGCUGAAAAAUUUUGAGCAGCUUAAGCCUGAGAUGACAAAUAAGUGUGGUGUUCUGCUUGACUCAUUCAGAUCCAUUUCUUGUUCAAGUAAUGAGAUCCUGGAAUUAGUGGAUUGUGUGGUUGGGAACUUCCAGGAUCUCGCCAUAUUGAAAGCUGAUGUUCUUGAUUCCGUGAAACACCGAAUCUUGCUUCUUGGGAGAAAGCUCUGUUUCUUAAAAGCCCUUAUUCCAAAGAGAUGCAUUGAGCAUCAUCACAGCGGACUGGAAUACGUUUUGAAUUAUGUGAAGGGUUUGGUGCACGACGCAGCAAAUUUGUCCCUAUUGUGCUUGCUGAAGGACAAGGAUGAAAUGAUGACCAAAGGAUUACAUGCUGUGUUUUUGGAUAUGUGGCACAUGUUCAUUCCUGGCAAUGCAGAGGUUAAGGAGAUGUUCCGAGGGUUCUACCUAGCAACAAGUUCUCACAAGUUUGAAGCCGGCCAAAUCGCUACCAGUCUUGUUGAUCUUCUACUAGAAGGUUCAGCUGAUCAUUUUAAUGAUCAUGUUGAGAUGCUUAGAGACGGAUUGAUAGUGAUUGUGAGCUUUUGCUUAGAUCCAGUUGAUGAAAAAGAUAAAGCUCUUACAAAUGGUGGAGAUGGUCAAAUAGAGGAAGCCAUCAAUGAGGUACUCUCUCUCAUUCUCUCUAUUCACUUAGAUGAAUCCAAAGUGGAUGUCUUUAGUUUCCUAAAAGCUAUUGAAAAAGUGAAGGUGGAGAUUAGAAGGGUUUAUGUCCCAAUGCUGAAUCCAUUGGACUUCAACUUCCCAAUGACAAAUGCUAUAGGAUACAUCAAUUUCUUGUUGGAGAAUUUGAAGGACAUGGUGAAUUGUAAUCCCCAUAGAAUUGUAUUUACAAAGCACCAGGUUAUGAUGAUCCUUGAUCAGAUUCAUUCUCUUAAACCAUCCCUUGAAAUUGUCACGGAGUUGCAGAAAGUGAGGAAAGACCUCAAUGAGUUUUUGAAACAAUUUAUCAACACAAUGUUCCUAGCAGAUCAUGUCAUCAGCUCAUGCUUACUAAUAGAUCAUCCUAUUUGGUAUGACAUGUUAAGGCUAUCAGAUAUAAUAGAGGGGAUCAAGUUCAUUCAAAAAGAGGUGCAAAGGUACAGUGAUCACAUGCUUAACGCCAGAAUGUCAAGUACUGAGAUGGAUUCUAGUCCUAUUCAGGUGAGGCAAGCAAAUACUUCAAACAUUGAAGGUCCCGUAGUAGGUAGGAAAGAUGAGUUGGAGAUGAUAAUUGAGAAACUCAAGAGAGGGACAGCACAGCUUGACAUUGUCUCCAUUGUAGGUAUGCCCGGCCUCGGUAAGACUACUAUAGCAAAAAAGGUGUACAAUGAUCCAUCUAUCAAAUAUUACUUCCAUAUACGUGCAUGGUGUUGUCUUUCCCAAAUCUAUAGGCUUAGAGAGUUGUACUUUGAUAUUUUAAGUGAUGUGACUGGUGUAGAUGAUCACCGAUCUUACUCCAACAAUACUGAUGAUGAUCUGGCUGAAAAACUCAGAAAAUGUUUGAAGGGACGGAAGUAUCUCAUUGUUGUAGAUGACAUUUGGAACGUUGAGCCAUGGGAUCGCAUGAAAUAUUCAUUUCCGGAUGACAACAAUGGAAGUCGUAUUGUAUUCACUACUCGAAUCCAUAAUCUGGUGUCACAAGCAAAGUUGAAUUGUAGUCCCCAUCCUCUUCGUUCACUUUCUAAUGAGGAGAGUUGGGGAUUACUGCAAGGAAAACUAUUCCAUGGGCAUAGUUUUCCCCUUGAUGAUGAACUGACAGAAAUAGGUAAAAAUAUUGCCAAAAAUUGCAACGGAUUGCCUUUAGCAGUGGUUUUGAUAGCAGGUAUCUUGGUAGGCAAAGAUAAAGAGUUUUGGCAGCAUACUGAAUAUCAUACAAGUUCACAAAUUGUUAGUGAAGGGUGCAUGGAUGUGCUUGAACUAAGCUACAACCAUCUACCAGACAAUUUGAAACCAUGCUUCCUCUAUUUCGGAGCAUUUGAAGAGGACAAGGUUGUUAGAGCCCAAAAGUUGAUGAGUUUGUGGAUUGCAGAAGGGUUGAUACCCAGAACGAGCGAAAAGAGCUCAUAUGAAGUGGCAGAGGAUUAUUUGUCGGAUCUAAUCAGUCGAAAUUUAGUAAUCCUUAAAGAGAGAAGUUCCAUUGGUGGCAUAAAGUCAUGUGGUGUUCAUGAUCUACUACACAAUCUAUGCUUGGUGAAAAGUCGAGAAGCUAACUUUUUGCACCGGGUACAAGACAGUGAUGUUUCUCAAUCUUCCUCGAGUCCCAAAAAGUUUGACAACUAUCGCUUAUUCAUUCAUGCUGGCUGGUCCAAGUUCGUUGAUACUAAACCUGCAGGUCCAUUUGUUCACUCUCUAGUCCUUUAUGGUGACCAGACUGAAUCAGAUAAAUUAUCACGCGCCAUUAUGGUUUUCAACAGCUUUAAUCAUCUUAAUGUACUGGACUUGGGGCUCAUCUACAUGUUUGGCGGUUUUCCUCAACAAGUAACUUUGAUGGUCCAUUUGAGAUACCUAUCAAUUUUGUGCAGCGGUAGAGAACUUCCAGAGUCCUUUGUUAAUCUUUGUAAUCUGGAAACCUUAGUUUUCCCACGUAUGAUGGUAGGCUUGCCGGAAUUCUUUUGGAAAAUGAAAAGCUUAAGGCAUGUACAUAUCGGUGAGCUGGGGUUGGAUGGUGUUGAAGAUCAUGAAUAUGGUCAACUAGAGAACCUGGAGAUUCUGUCAAAACCAUUUUUUGUUUUAACAAAUAGAUGGAAGGAACUAUUGAGAAGGUUGCCUAGGCUUCGAAAGCUCAAGUUUACACUUGAUCCAUUUGGUUCCAAGUUUCCUGAACUGGGCAGCCUCCUGACGCAUCUCGAAUCAUUGACUGUGGUGUCUGGUGCUAGGGUAAAGGGCAGGCUAGCAAAAUAUAAGUUUCCGGCUUUUGAUUUUCCCGUCAGUCUCAGAAAAUUGACACUGAAAGGGUUGAAAGUGCAAUGGAGUCUCAUAUCAGAAAUAGGGCAGUUGCCUAAUCUCGAGGUUCUCAAAUUAAACUGGUAUGCAUUUAAAGGAAGCAAAUGGGAUGUGGAAGAUGGCAGAUUCUUGAAACUUAAGCACUUGGAACUCAAUGUGUUGGACUUGGAACAAUGGACUGUCCAAGAUGAGCCAUUUCCCCGCCUUGAACGACUUAUAGUGUCAAACUGCGAAAAACUUCGAGGGAUUCCAUCCAGUUUUGGGGACAUUCCUACCUUGGAGAAGAUAGAUAUGUAUCAGUGUCCCCGAGCUUCGAGAUCAGCGUGGAAAAUUUUCAUGGAACAACGAGAUGUGGGAAAUGAUGUCUUUGAACUUGACAUUGAUGUAGCGUAUAAUGAUAGUGAUGGAGAUGAUGAAGUCUCAACAGAUUAUGGCUGA